AUGAAGGCCACAUACACCCUCAUAGCAGCUUUAGCUAGCUUCGCUUCAGCACAAGUAUACACCGGGCCGCUGUAUGUUUAUGGAGACAGCACCACGACUGAGGUCAACAAUCUUCAGGUCUUCUCGAACGGAGAAACAAUCUAUCUCGGCGACUACAAGGCUCUGAACAAUCCCGAAUAUGCACCUGUCACCUACUCCUUGGACCUGUCCAAUAACGUUGGCACUGCCCGAAUCUAUCUCAAUCCAAACACAACCGGCCUUUCCCAGAAGCCGACCUGGUCGAACCGCAUCUUGGCCGAGCCCAAUUACACUGGGGCAAGCGGGCUUAAAGUAGUCGCGCUUGACCCGAACGCGGGAGAUCUUGCCGACUAUAGAACUAAGUGGCUGGCUUAUGGGACGGCUUUAUUCUCUGGUGCCGACAAUGGUGAUGCUUCCUACUCUGGGAGGGAGUACGCCGAGAAGUCGGCCGUAUCGGGAGUGUGGGAUGUCUAUGCUUACUGGAUUGGCUCGGCUGAUAACCACCACUUCAACUUCAGGACCAAGCAGAUUGUCUGA